AUAGUUAAUAUUCUGGCACUUCCUCGAAUGGCUAUUCAAGUGGUACAAGUCACAGUUUAUAAUAACGGCCGUCACCGCUGGUAUAUUAGCGAAUCUGACUACAUCAACAACAAUAUGCUGGGGUGGUACUCACAGAUUCUUCUUUUCGCUGGCGUGUGCUUCUUAAAAUCCUCUAUAUUAUUCUUAAUCAUACGUCUCAGAGACGAGGCGAAGGUCCGCCGGAUUCUUUAUGCCGUUAUUAGCGGGCUCUUUAUUACCAACUUUGGUACUAUUGUUAUUCUCGUUGCAGAAUGCUCUCCCCCAUCCGUGUACUGGACUCAAAUAGGUGGAAAAUGCUGGGACACAAGAAUUCGAAUCUACGCUAUAUAUUUCACUAUAGGUAAAGUUAAUAAACGAUACAAUGCCACGGGGUUUGGUGUAGCUAGGGCCGCGUCCCUCGGCCUUGUGACCGUCGAUCUCAGCUGGGAUUACGCAAAAUCGGCCAUUUGGUCCAACCUUGAACUUUUUCUAGGCAUCAUCGCCGCAAAUGUCGCCAUCUCUCACUCAAUAUACACCUUUCUU